GACAGCCAAUCGCAGGCCGGGGAUGCCGGCUGGCCCCGCCCGCGGAUCAGCUGAGGGACCCGCAAUGUCUGUUGACAGCCGCGGCGGUGCCGCCGGUUCCGGGUUCGGCGCAGGUCGGGGGGGGCCUCAGCGGAUGCUUCCGGGCUCUCGUCAGAUGUGACUUCGAUGGAGCGGCCCGAGAGAGGCGAGCAGCCGUCGCCGCAGAAGCCCUGGGGGAAGCUCCGCCGCCUGGGCGCGGACGAGGGCGAGCCGCCCGUCCUGCUGUGGAAGCGGGAGUGGACCAUCGGGCGGAGGAGAGGUUGUGACCUUUCGUUCCCCAGCAACAAACUGGUUUCUGGAGAUCACUGUAAACUUGUAGUGGAUGAAAAAUCUGGUCAGGUGACACUGGAAGACACCAGCACGAAUGGAACAGUAAUUAAUAAACUGAAGAUUGUGAAGAAGCAGACUUGUCCUUUACAGACUGGGGAUGUCAUCUACUUGGUGUACAGGAAGAAUGAGCCAGAACACAAUGUGGCAUACCUGUAUGAAUCUUUAAGAGAAAAGCAAAGCCUGACACAGGAAUCCUUUGAAGCGAACAAAGAGAAUGUGUUCCACACGACCAAAGAUACCUCAGGUACAGUGCGAGGUGACGAUGCCCAAGCCCUGCCAUCGUCACCGCUAACUCAGGCAUGCUUUGAGGAACCACAGCCAUCAACGUCGACGUCGGACCUCUUCGCUAUGGCCUCUACCUCUCCCACAGAGCCUACUUCUGCAGGGCAAGAGAAUUCCUCCAGUUCUGGGGCCGGGAGUACAGGCAUCUCCCUGAAAGGAUGUGGUCUAUUUGCGGCAAAUGAUGAAGUCUCCUCCAGCUUGGCCUCAGUCUUCCCAGACGGAGAAGGAACAGCCUUUGGUGUGCUGGAACCCCAGGAUCGCGAGGAGUUUGAGCCCAUUAAAAAGAAAAAGAAAGGAGAUGAGGAGCUUGACCUGAAGCUGCAGUUGCUGGCCACAGACCAGCACAAAAGCACUCCAAGCACCUGUGAGGAUGUCAGAGUCACAGCCAUGAAGCCGGACAAGAUGGAGGAAACACUCACAUGCAUCAUCUGCCAGGACCUGCUGCAUGACUGUGUGAGUUUGCAGCCCUGCAUGCACACGUUCUGCGCAGCCUGCUACUCCGGCUGGAUGGAGCGCUCAUCCCUAUGUCCCACUUGCCGUUGUCCGGUGGAGAGGAUCUGUAAAAACCACAUCCUGAACAACCUUGUGGAGGCAUACCUUAUCCAGCACCCAGACAAGAGUCGCAGUGAAGAAGACAUGCGAAGUAUGGAUGCCAGGAAUAAAAUCACUCAAGACAUGCUACAGCCCAAAGUCAGGAGGUCCUUUUCUGAUGAAGAAGGGAGUUCAGAGGACCUGCUGGAGCUGUCCGAUGUUGACAGUGAAUCCUCGGACAUCAGUCAGCCAUACAUCAUGUGCAGACAGUGUCCUGAGUACAGAAGACAGGUGGCUCAGCCUCUUCCCUGCCCUGCACCUGACAGUGACCCGGGGGCCCUGCCGGCCGUUGCAGACACACCGUCCACGUCCUCCAGCUUCACCCCAGCAGCCCAGGAUUAUGUGUGUCCUCUGCAAGGAAGCCAUGCCAUAUGCACCUGCUGUUUCCAGCCCAUGCCUGACCGGAGAGCAGAGCGUGAGCAGAACCCUCGCGUGGCCCCCCAGCAGUGUGCCGUCUGCCUACAGCCCUUCUGCCACCUGUACUGGGGCUGCACUCGGACUGGCUGCUUUGGCUGCUUGGCCCCAUUCUGUGAAUUAAACCUGGGGGACAAGUGCCUGGAUGGAGUGCUGAGCAACAACAACUAUGAGUCGGACAUCCUGAAGAAUUACCUGGCAACCAGAGGUUUGACAUGGAAAGAUAUGUUGUCCGAAAGUCUCCUGGCUUUGCAGCGGGGGGUCUUCCUGUUGUCUGAUGACAGAAUCACUGGGGACACUGUGCUGUGUUACUGCUGUGGUCUGCGCAGCUUCAGGGAGCUCUCCUAUCAGUAUCGGCAGAACAUUCCUGCUUCCGAAUUGCCAGUGGCUGUAACAUCCCGUCCUGACUGCUAUUGGGGCCGCAACUGCCGCACCCAGGUGAAGGCUCACCAUGCAAUGAAAUUCAAUCAUAUCUGUGAACAGACAAGGUUCAAGAACUAAGCUUCAGGGGAGGCACCGAGACAGCUGCAGUGCUGCAGGCAGUGACAGCACAUUUUCAAAAGUCCUGAGAACAGAUGCUCGUCGGGCAUUUUUACAGUCCCCUUGAGGCAACACUGGGGGUCUCUGGUCAGGCGCUCUAUCCCCCGAAGUGACUGGGGUCCCUGGCCACAGCCCUCCUCCUGGCAAGCUCCAGAUAGAGCCACCAGCAGCAGAGGGAGGCACCACCCGCAGGACACACACAUCCUCUUUGCUCUGACUGAUAGUGCAGGUGUGCCCUCAUUGUACCUUGUCCAAAAAUCUAAUCAGGAAAAGUUCGUGGGAGUAAGGGGAAGGGUUAUCAAAACCAUCAUGUUCCAGGAAAGGGAGCCUCCGUUUACAUCCUACAGGAUGUGCAGCUCACUCUGCUGUGGGGAGUCACAGUGAUUUAUAUAAUUUUUAUUUUAAUAGGUUUGGUGCUUAUCUUCUAAUAAGAUUUAAAUAUCACAAACUAGCACAAAUAAUAUAAUUUAUAAUUUACAAAUUGACUAAAUGGAGGAGUGGAUGUCAUUUGAAAGAUAAGCAUAUGUUUCUGUUUGUUUAAAAAAGUCAUCACAUGUCCGGAACUGCUAACCUUAGACAUGGAUGUUGAGUUAGCAGCCUUUGCUGAAGUGUGUGACUUGAGGUACUGCUGUCCCUCAUCUAGGGCUGGUGACGGGUCCUUGCUGUGGAGCAGGGAC